AUGAACGACUUCCGGGAGCAUGACAGCAAGAUGUUCGGGAUGCACGGCAAGUAUGGGUCUCUCAAUGUGGCGGAGCUCUCGCAAGCGGAUCUCAGGGUAACCUUCCGCGAUCAUCUGACGAAGCAGCCCAUCAUCCUCGCCGUCUUGGCCGCAGACCACGUGGCGAUGACCUUCUACGACAUCGAUCAGGGCCCGUCGUCGAUGGGCAUCGAAGAGGUUGCGCCCGUUGAAGUCGAGGGCGACUGGACCUUGGCCCUUGUGCGAAAGCUGCUGGUUCACAUCACAGGGCAUUUCGCAGGGGGAGAAGGGCAGGACAAGGGCACGGUUGCCAGAACUCUGGGCGGCUUGCGCGAGUUGGGCUGCUAG